AUGGGAAUUCGAUGGUUGGGCACCUUCGACUCCCCGGAGGAGGCAGCGCGCGCCUACGACGCCGCAGCGCGCGCCAUCCGCGGUGCUGCUGCCAAGACCAAUUUCCCGCUCCCCAACGAGACUCCGGCGCAAGCGCGGCACGGCCCGGCCCAGGACGACAUCGCGACCGAUGCAGUGCUGCCCCACAGCGGCACCGAACACGACCACGCGGGCGGCAGCCCCCACACGAGCACGGACCCCCAGCAGGUGCCGCAAAAGCGCGCCGAGCCGUCCUUUGACAUUCCCGGGCUGUCGUCGUCAAUGUACGGCGCCUCCCCGGCCCUGAUGGGCAGCCACGCCGCCAGGGGACUCGCGGGGGCCGACGGCCUCCUCGGAUCUUCCCCCGCCGCCGCCGGCAUCCCGACGGCGGUGGGCGCGUCCAUGGCGAUCCCCGGGCGCGGGAUGGACGAGCCCCCCGCGCCGCUGUUCGACGCUGCCGGGUCGUACCGCGCCUCCAAGUUUGGGUCAUACUACGGGGGGUCUUACGUCGGCCGGCCGUCGGGCCGCGCCUCGGGGCACCACCUGAUGGGCACGUCCGUGGACAUGGUCGACAUGUGCACGAACAUCGUGAACGUCGGCCCGCGGGGCUUCGGCACGCAGAACGAGGAGGGGGAGUCCUACAGGGGUAUGAACAUGGACGUCCGGAACGCGACGCGCGACGAGGAGGGCCUGAUCUUCAUUCCGGAGGACGACGGCAUGGACAUGGACGAGGACGCGCCCGCCGCGACGCCCACGGCGUCGCAGCAGCUGUCGCCCGGCGCAUGGGGGCCGGCCACGGGGCCGCACGGGCACCCGCUGCCGGGGGGCAUGUCGGCGCCGGGGCUGCCGUUCAGCAUGCCCGGGUCGAUGGACCCCCCGCAGCAGGGCUGGGGCGCGCACCCCGUGCACGGCACUGCGGGGGCCUGCCAGUAG